AUGCCUUCCAAGCGCAUCGCCAUCGUGACCAGCAGCACGCGCUGCCCGCGCCUAAACCCGACCAUCACGCACUAUGUGUAUGACGUCUUGUCCGCGGAUCCGAUGAUCCCAACUUCUCCAGCUACAAGUCAAGGAGAGGGCAGCAUCGACAGAGACCCUAGGCAUAUUACGCUCGAUAUCCUCGAUCUAGCACAACAGGGACUACCACUCUACGACGAAAACAUCAUUCCCGCCGGCCUACCAGCGGCGGACCCCACGCCGCACUAUGAAAAGGCGCACACUCGCGCAUGGUCUACUGUUGUGCGCGGGUAUGAUGGGUUUAUUUUCGUGACGCCCCAGUACAACUGGAGCAUUCCAGCCAGUCUGAAGAAUGCACUUGACUAUCUUUUCCAUGAAUGGAAAGGGAAACCUGCUGCGAUUGUCUCGUAUGGGGGCCAUGGUGGUGGCAAGGCGGCGGAUCAUUUGAAGGGCGUCUUAAAUGGCCUGCGCAUGAAAGUUGUCAGCACGGUACCUGCAUUGCCCGUGAAAUAUACGGGUUUGCCCAUUGGGGGAGAUGAGGACGAGAGGGUUACACUGGAUGAGAGAGAUGUGGCCGGGUGGAAGGAGGCAGGCAUCGAGGCAAUGAUGCGGAAUUUGGGGAUGGAGCUGGUGUGCGAAUUGGAUAAGGACUAA